AUGGCCAGCUCCCGCGGCUUCGACGACAAACCCCACGCCUUCAACCCCGACGACGUCCCAAAACCACCUCCAACAUACAACCAAGUCUGCAUAACCCCCCUCCUCCACACCAGCAAGCUCAUCACCCUCGCCGGCCAAACCGGCAUCACACCCGAAACCGGCAAAGUCGCCUCUCGCUCCAUCCCCAAGCAAGCCCAACAAGCCUACAAGACCGUUCACGCAGCACUGAGGGCCGCUGGUGCUCAUCCUCGCGAUAUCAUCCGUGUAAGGCAUUACAUUGUGACCGAGACGGGGGACCCUGAGGUGGACAGGAUUGAGGUGGUGGAGAGGGGGUGGGGGGAGCAUUGGAUGGAGUUUAUGGAUCGUGAGGCGGAGGGGCAUAGGCCGCCGGAUACGGUGUUGGGGGUUGCGAGUUUGGCGAAGAAGGAGCUGUUGUAUGAAGUUGAGGUGUGGGCGGUAGUGCAUGGGUAG